GAGAACUUCUAGAACCCCAACUAAUCUUAAUAGAAGCCUUUGGAUAAACCCUAACUCUCUCAUCUCACUUCAGUUGCCGCACCACCGUAGGUCGCCACUGGCUGGAGGCUCCGGCGCUCUAAUCUCAUCUCGUCACUUCUUAGAAUUACGGUUCUCUUUCAAAGUAUGAAAGGUGGGAGAAAGAACUUACAGCGGGCAUCGGAGCAUCAUAUCGCAAGCCUCGAAGAUGGUCAUAGUAUUAUGCAGGUUGUCUCAAUUCGUGGUUCCAAUCUAAUUGAGGUAAUGGAUGCACAAGGUGAGAAAUCACUGGCAUUAUUUCCUGCCAAGUUUCAAAAGAGUAUGUGGAUAAAACGAGGGAGUUUCGUUGUAGUUGAUGAAAGUGGAAAGAAGAAUGCUCUUGAAUCUGGAAGCAAGGUGGCAUGCAUUGUUUCUCGAGUUCUAUAUUUUGAACAAAUUCGUGAGCUUCAAAAAUCCCCAGAAUGGCCAGAAAUCUUCAAGAAUGCAAUUGUUGGAGAUCGAAACGAAAAUCUUCAAGCACAAAAUAAUCAACCAGGGGAGGAUGAGGUCAAUUCAAGUGAUGAUGAUGGCCUUCCCCCUCUAGAAGCCAACACGAACAGAGCUAAACCGUUAAUAUUACAACCGGAUGCAGAAUCAGAGUCUGAUUCAGAUUCUUAACUUGUAUAUUAAUUUUAACUCUACACUUUUUUAUUUAAUUACCAUGAGCAUUCAUUUUGAUUGUUUGUACUACAAUUAAAAAUUUUAAUUUUGUAAUUAACAGAAAUUUCUGAGUACCUAUUUUUGAAUAUGAUGGUAUAAGAAAUCUAUGCAGCUUAGAAUA